UUGGGGAGCGGGGGGAGGUUACCGAAUCAGUUUGAGGAAGCUAAUUUACCGGGGUGGUUGCGUGACUUGCUUGCUCUGUCAAAUUCGGCCUGGGUCGACGGGACGACCCAUUCGCUGGGUCCACAGACCCGGUGCACGAUCCGGCAGCGGAAAGCGACGCUUGGCCGGCCCACUGAACGGUCGUCGUCCCACCCCCAUUUGCUGCUGCUGCAGCACCAAGCUCACCUACCCGUUGUCUGCGGUCCAAUGCGUUGUGAAUAAGAUGGCCCCGUGACAUGGUUGGUCUCCGGAGGCUCACGUAAACGGUGGGAGCAGAUUGUUUUUGGACAGAGGGAGGGCUUUCCUGACAUGGACCACACACUCCUCCCGACUGAUUCGCAUGGGUCCCUCCCUCCGUCUUCACCGUUCACAAAAGUGGAGUCGGUUGCAUGAACACAGGUGGCUCGGUUCCACCGCCGUUUCGGUGGCGUGGGCUUCAUGUCGGAACACCCCAUGAUUCUUCUUCUUCGAACGGGUUUCCGAGGCCACGCAAGACUGAAGGUCCCCCCCGACUCCUUUGAUUCACUAGAGCUGGCGGCCUCUGGUCUCUUGUUCAGAGGAUGGGAGUUACUCUGAGCCGAACAAACAGGAAACAGAGGAGCGGCAAGCGAUAGAGGAAACAAAGAGCCGCUGAGGAGGGAGCCGUCCGCCCGGACAAACCAGAUGAAAGCUGGUUCUUAACCUACGUGUUCAUGCACCUCCGAGCCCACGUGUUCUUGUCCCCAAGCUGACGUCACGCUCCCUCGUUCCCCCACCCCUCCUUCCCCUUCCCCUUCCCCUUCCCCUCAACCUAACCUAAACAAAGAGGCGGGGGGUGAGGGAAACAGAAAUCAGCCUCCCGUGGAGAAAGAGGAGAGAGAAGCAUCAGAAAUCUUCCCCGAUGUCCUCCUCCUUCCGGUCGGAUAUGGGAACCGAUCCGUACGAUUCGGUGGGAGACGACCGGUGGAUAAUAGCCUCAGCCUCCGACCGGGGCUCCUCCCGCGGUGAGAUCGACAGCCUCCUCCAUGGCGCCGGCUACCGCGUCCGUUCGACGGAUCUCCGCCACGUCGCCAUUGGCCUGGAGCAGCUCGAGUCCACCAUGGUAGGCGACCAGUGCGUCGCGUCCUCGGCGGAGGCGAUCCACUACAACCCCUCCGACCUCACCGCCUGGGUCGACUCCAUGCUCUCCGAGCUCGCCCCCGACCCGCAUUUGCUGCGGCAUCCACUGAGCACCGCCGCCGCCAACACGUGGGCGGAUCCGACGCAACAACGUCCAUCGCUUCAUCGUCUAGAGAACCACCACCAGCAUCGGAACGUUCCGGCGGUCUCACUCCAGAGCAUGGACGAAGAGGAGGACGCGGCCAUCCGUCUCGUGCACCUACUCGUCAGCUGCGCCGACUCCGUCCAACGCGGCGACUCCGAAAUGGCCGGGAGCCUCCUCGACCAGACGCGGCUGGCUCUCGCCCGCGUCAACACCGGCUUCGGCAUCGGCAAGGUCGCCGGCUACUUCGUCGACGCCCUCUGCCGGCGCCUCUACCCUCCGCCUCCGUCUGCCACCGGUGGCGGUGGAUCGGCGGCUAAUCUGGAGAUCCUCUACCACCAUUUCUACGAGGCCUGCCCUUACAUCAAGUUCGCCCAUUUCACGGCGAACCAGGCCAUCCUGGAAGCCUUCCAAGGGCACGAUCGGGUCCACGUGGUCGACUUCAACCUGAUGCACGGCCUCCAGUGGCCGGCGCUAAUCCAGGCCCUGGCUCUCCGCCCCGGCGGGCCCCCUCUUCUCCGCCUCACCGGGAUCGGCGCCCCCUCGCCCGAUGGGCGCGACGCUCUCCGCGAGGUCGGCCUCCGCCUCGCCGAGCUCGCCCGUUCGGUCCAAGUCAGGUUCGCCUUCCGCGGGGUCGCCGCCACCCGGCUGGAGCACGUCCGGCCGUGGAUGUUCCAGGUAGCCCCGGGCGAGGCCGUCGCGGUGAACACGGUGCUGCAACUCCACCGCCUCCUCGGGGAUCGUGCCUCCCCCGAGGGAGGCGACGCAGCGGCCGCGGAGCCAAUCGACACGGUGCUGGAGUGGAUCGUGGGGCUGAAGCCCAAGAUCGUGACGGUGGUGGAGCAGGAGGCCGACCACAACAAGCCGUCGUUCUUGGACCGGUUCACCGAGGCGCUCUUCUAUUACUCGACCAUGUUCGACUCGUUGGAGGGCGGAAGAGUGGGCGGAUCACAUCGCGGUGGUCAGCAGCAGCAGCAGACGGUGGUUGCUGCGGUGGCGGAGGCGUACCUGCAGCGGGAAAUGUGCAACAUCGUGUGCUGCGAGGGGGCGGCCCGGGUGGAGCGGCACGAGCCUCUGGCUCGGUGGAGAGAUCGGCUGGGCCGGGCGGGUCUGAGGGCCGUCCACCUCGGUUCCAACGCGUUCAAGCAAGCGAGCAUGUUGCUGACGCUCUUCUCCGGGGAGGGCUACUGCGUGGAGGAGGUGGCCGGCUGUUUGACGCUCGGCUGGCACAGCCGGCCACUCAUCUCCGCAUCCGCCUGGCGAGCCGACGACGCCGACGACGCAUCCCCGCCGCGCGAUCACCAGACCCUAGUCCUUCAAGAUCACAGCAGCAGCAUCACCAGUGGCAGUAACAACGUCGUCGACGGCGACGACCACCUUCACCAACAUAGCGUGAUGAGGAGUCACAUGGGGAGUAGUGACAGGAUCAACGAUACUGGCAGCGGCAGCAGCUGCAGCAGAGUAUAGUUUGUUGGGAUGUAGAUAUAAUCCAAUGAUAUUUAUCUAUCUAUCUAUCAAUUCUCAAGUCUUCUUCUUCUUCU